AUGGAUCCCCCUCCACCCCGACCAAACGACACCUCAGCCUCGGCACAGGCGGCCGCGGAGGCAUCACCAUAUAAUGAUCCUGACUGUAUCUUCUGCCAGAUCAUAACGGCCUACCCAGUCAUGGAUCCUUUAGAUCCAGCAUUUCCGACGUCUACGGAGCUAGAUCCAGAGAAGCUGGAACCACCAGCCUUUGUCCUGCUGUCGACGCCGCACGUGGUUGCCUUUUUAGAUAUCUAUCCUCUAACACGGGGCCACGUACUCAUUUGUCCACGAAGGCACGCCGAGAAGGUGGGAGAUAUGACGGGUCAGGAAGGUGCGCAAAUCGGCCGCCUACUCCCCCUCAUCUCCCGUGCUGUCACCCGUGCCAGCAUGCCCGAUAUCCCGCACGCAGAAGUCGAUUACAACGUAGUCCAAAACAACGGACCCGGCGCCGCCCAAGUAGUCCCUCACACUCACUUCCACGUCGUCCCCCGCUACCCUUUCAAUUCGCACUACACGCCCUUUGGCGUCCCCUCCCGUCCCAGCACUGGCUCCAACCGCCACCUAAGCUCCUCGGAUGCUUCGUCCAAGAAGCGUACUCCUGCUGCUGUACCCCAAGGCAUGAAAGCGACGGCCAUACUCUUCGGACGCGGACAGCGACACUACCGAGAUGACGACGACGCCGUGGGGCUCGUGGAGGUGAUGCGCAGACGGGUAGCCGAGGAGUGGCGAGCGGAGUUCGGUCAUGGUGCGCAAGUUACGAGUGCCGGCGCGGGCACAAUAGAUGAAGAGGUGCAGGCGCCGCCAUCGUCGGCGGGCGCCUCCCGGGAGAGUAAGACCGAGAGCAGGGUCGUGGGAACGGCAAGGGAGGAUCACUUACCUUUGCUGCAAUCGAGGAGUGGGAAGAGUGAGCGUUUAUGA